UUCCAAUGUCGCCUUCCCAGUGAUCGUUAUCUCUGUACACCACUUUAUGGAGCCUGGAAGCUCCCCUUAACACACUCAUAUUUAAAAUGUCACCCGAUCCACACAAGAAGAAGCCGUUGGGGCUGGAUAUGUCCCGUACCCCGACCUUCGAUUCGCCGCCCGGUAUCGCGGCCUUGUUCGUUAUCCGAUUCGAUAUCAAGACUGGAUACGUGGUUUCAUGGAAGCGAUCUGCCCCCGGAGUCGAGGUUGAAGGCGUUGUCGAAUACAAGUCGCUUCCUUCUGGAUUGCACAAUGUUACAGAUGAUUUAGUGUAUUUCGUACACGAAGAAUAUGCCGGUAUCAGCGCGUUUGUCAACUUGCCCGCUGGGGAAGCUGAACGCAAUGCGAAGAUGUUCGCCAUCGGUGUAUUGGUGCCACUGAGUCUUGGAAGGUUAGGGAAAGGCUGGAGACACGCCCCACGGCUUAUGGAGCUGGCACAAGGCUAUGCCAAAGAUAUGUCGAAUAUAAAACCUAUCUCAGACUACUGGGAGACGCACCAAAUCCGUGGAAACGAUGCUUCAAUUUUGUCCCCCGACUCUCCUCUUGAAUCGCCCAUUGGCCUCCGGUUCAAACCACAUAAUGAGCAAUUGGAUGGCCUGCAUCGCAACCGCACCUUCAGCGAUGCGAUGGUAAUGGAAUCGUCUAGGCUGGCCUUGACACCAUCGCAUCCUGCUUCUUCACUUCCUGCGUUUCUCGAUAGUUUUGGACCCCUUAUAUUCCCGCUCUACAGAGCAGCAUUAUUACGCAAGCGAAUCUUGUUGAUGGCAGAAGCGCCGGUGCAUACCCCUUGUGACUACGUAUAUGAUUUGUCCUUAUUAGCAUCUUUGCCUAAUUCCAUUCUUCCCCUACUCCCGUCUGAUGGCUUACCCAACCCCCGGCCUCGUCCACUUUUUAACGUGGGUGUGCAUGAUAUCCCAUACCUCUCAUCGUUCGUCGGGGCCACACCAAGCUCCGAGCAAGAUUCAGCUUGGAUUGCUUGCACAACAGAUAGUGUUUUGAGUAUGAAGCCUGAACUCUACGAUGUGCAAGUCACACUGCCACCUCCUUAUUCUAAAGACGCACCCGAAAAGGUGUAUCCUAAGAUUUCCUUUUUGCCACCAUCUGCUGCCAAGCCCAACCCCGCCCAAGCAGUCCAGCUGAAGGCAACCCAGCGAGAUGUUCGGCGCUAUUGUCUACUCCGCAAGGGUUUGCGCCAAAUGUCUGAAGAGCAAGAAUCCGAGGACCAGGGGGAUGAAGACUCGGAUGCCGAAUCAACCUACUCAUCCAGCCCUGUCGUGGAGCCCCUAUCAUGGUCAAGAUUGGCGUAUACUUCUUUCAUGUGGUGGGCGUCGGCAGGGGAAAAGCGAGGCGGGCUGUCCGAAGAAGAGGAAGACCACCAAGUCGAACAAGAUAUCAGAUUAUUAGCCAGUGUGGAGACCCUAGCCAACAACACAUCCGGAUCCAUGCAGCCCGAAGAAACCGCAAAACAACCCCCAGAGAUAGCACUGGUGGCUUACUUCCGUCGUCUAACUACUCAAAUAUUCGUGACACUUUCAGACGUCGUCGCACGUCAUGAUAACGAAGACCCUUCAGACCCCGAGACAAAUAACCAAAACGGCACCAGCAACAACGUCCCCUACGAAGACGAGCCAGAAGACUACAGCGAACCCAUCACCCAGCAAUCAACCCGUGAUGAACCCGAUGCACCACUUCUCCCACAAGGAAAAGUCGCAUCAACCGACCAGCCACCACCAGACGAAGUCCCCAUCACGAUAACCAUAGAAGACAUGAUGGAAAUGGGUCUUGACAUCUGGAGCGCAACGGACCGCGUCUUCGUCGAGGAGAUGGUUCGCUUGUGGUGGGGUCGUGCGGCGCAUGUGGACGGCGCCCGGGUAAGAUGCUGCGGGAUUUCGAUUCUGUAAAGCGAAUCCUUGAAUUGUUCUAUGUUUUCCUCAAUAUGUACCACAACUAGCAUAUACGCGCGCAUUUAACAUACUGGCCAGUAAAACUGGAUUGAUCUUGUUGGGAUGGGGGUUGAUAUUUGCAGUUGAACAAUUACUACUGUUUCGGAUUGGAAUAUAUAGCAUCAAAGGUCAAAAUGCAGGUCAUUUUAGACGGUUUCCAAUGAUUAAGUCGUUAGAAUAUUGUGUGAUUACCGGAGAAAAGUCAUCCUUAAAAGAGAAGAGGAUUCCUAUUAUUUUGUAUCUCAUAAUUAAACAUGAAAGGCAAAUAUAUACUUCAAAUGAUGGGUAGACAAGGAAAAGGUUGAGAAUGAGUGACCUAUGGCUCGAGGAGAUAUCGAGGCAUACAAG